AUGGCUGGUAGCACCAAUGCAUUAUACAUCCGGCAGCAGAUGUCGGCCCUGCUGGGCAGUACGUCGACUUCGAUCAAGUUCAUCUGCAUCGCAACACUGGUCGGGUAUAUGAUUUCCUUCUCGGAACGUAUAUCGGUAAUGCUGUGUGUUACACCCGGCUAUCUAAUGCCACCGACCUUCUGGGUGUGGACCAUCUUUACCUACUUCUUCAUCGAGCAGCACUACUGGGAGGUGCUGGUGGAUCUUGUAACGGUGGGGCUGUGCGGCAAGCUGAUCGAACCGUCCUGGGGCCAGAUGGAAAUGCUGCACUACUUUGCCAUUACCAACACGGGUGUGGCCAUCUUGACUAGCUUCUACUAUCUGUUCUACUCGAUGAUAACCAAAGAUGCGGAGAUUCUAUUUAACGUGCGUAUUUACGGGCUUGCUGGAAUGAAUGCAGCGAUAAGUGUAGCCGUUACACAGAUAAUGCCCGACCAUCUAAUAGCCCGAACACCGCUCGGUAAAUUCUCCAAUCGAAAUGUACCACUGACCGUUGUCAUAGCAGCAAUUUUGCUAUGGGCUUGCGGGUUACUGGAUGGAACGUAUCCAGCAAUGUUUGCAUCGGGCCUGUACGUGUCCUGGGUGUAUCUGCGCUUCUACCAGCGACACUCGAACGGUACGCGGGGUGACAGUGCAGAGAACUUCCGGUUUGCAAGCUUCUUCCCAAACGUGCUGCAACCAUUUAUAGCGGUCAUCGCUAACCCGGUAUAUCUGGGCUGCUUGCGAAUAGGGCUAGUGAAGCGGUUAAGUCCACAGCAAUCGAACUCUUCUUCGCUACAGUCGGUUAGCGUACAGCUGCCCGGGGUAGAUCCGCACGAUAUGGAAAGGCGAAGGCAAAUUGCGCUAAAAGCACUCAGCGAACGGUUGUCCAAAACGACCGACUCUAGUCGUCAGAACACCGUCCCGAAGUCAUUCCCACAGACUACGACAGGAAAGCAUCACCAUCAUGGACAUCAUCACCAUGGGCAUGGACACGGCCAUGGACAUAGUCAGCAUCAGCAGCAGUUUGGUGGGUUGCCACCGUUUCAGGGUUUCCCUAUGACGGUGGAUCGUCCAGCAAUAGCGCUACCUCCGCCACCAUCUAUGAUCGCGUCUAGCAGUAGUAGUAGCGGUGGCAAACCUGUUGGUCCCUCGCUACCAACAAAUCCCUCCUUGCCCUCCACCACACCAGUAAACAGCUUGCCUGCGUCUUCUUCGGUUUCUUCGAACCUGAUCAAUCUGGACGCAGUUGACGCAAGUGGUGGUAGUAGUAGUAGUAGUAGCGGUGUACCACCACCCGGAGGGUUACCAGCGUCCACAAUGUAA